AACUUUUUGCUAGCUAUCCUCGGCCUUCUGCAAAGUUACUAACCUUUCUGAAACAAGCCUUAAGACGUGACACGAAAGAAAUUUGUAUUGAACCUGAAGUUGGCAGGUGUUACGAUAUAUUUAAAGAUAGCAUUGUUGGAUCUUCUGUGUUCCAGUUAGGUGAGAACGUAAUGUCCCCCACAGGUUUUAAAAUUCCUCAUAAUAUUCAAAUUGAUGAUGUAAAUGAGACUUUUGUCUGGAAUGAGCAGUUUAAAAACAAGCAAGAGUAUGUUCGCAAAAGACUAUCCGACCUUGGCCUUUCUAUAGAUGUGCCAUUAAAUUUUGAGAUACGCCAAGGUUAUUCGGUUGAUUCAUCAGCUAACAAUUCAAGUCAUACAAUAGAGCAAACAUUUUUAAUUGAACACCAUUGUUUUAAGUUUACAUUGAAUGUUGAUGAGCUACAAUUAUCUCAAACUUUUAUUGAUGAUAUUGAUACUCUUCCUUCUAAAUAUGACAAAUCUAAUAAUGCAAAAUGGAAAAAUUUUUUUGAUAAGUACGGAAUUUAUGUGGUUCAGUCUGCUUGGGUUGGUGGUCGUUGCUCAGUAACUGUUAAAAUUGCAUCAUUUAGUAUAAACAUUCAAAGCAUUGGUCUUAUUAUGUCCGAAGUUCUGGCUUUCAUUUUCAAUCAUAAGACUCAAUUAGAUUUUGACAAUGAAAUUAAAGAACUUAAUACUGUUGAAGAGGCAUUGAAUACCGCCAGGUUAAUGAUGCACGGUGGAGAUCCCAAAUAUCAUGUUACGACAUUCCAUAAUUGUAAAUUUAACAGUAAAAAAUGGUUGAAUUCCAUUAAAGUGAAGCCAGCUGUUUUAGAUACAAAAUUAGAACUUAUUCCAAUAAAUAUUGUCGCAGGAAAUUAUAAAAGUAAUAUUAUAGAUCCAAUGGCUACAGCCAUAGAGGAUCUUUUUGGUAUUAAGCCGACAUAUAUUAAUCCGGAAAUAAAGGCACUAUCUUUUCCAAAAAAUCGUGAAGAGGCAACAAAUUCUUUGGUAAAAGAUCCGGGUACAUGUCUUAGGUCAGGCACUUUGAUAUCAAUGGCCGAUGGUACCAAGGUUGCUGUCGAAAAACUUAAUCCGGGAGAUUUAGUUGUGGGCAAAAAUGGAAUGCCAUGUCAUGUUCUUGGAAGAAAUGAAGUAUUGUUGGGAAAUAGAUUCCUCUAUGGUUUUUCUUCUGGACGAACUGCCUUUUUUACUUCGGAACAUCUUUUUGCUACACAAAAUGAUGAAUGGAUGUGCAUUGAUCCCGAUCUUUCUCGCUUGAUAAAUCCUCAGAAUU